AUGACCUCGUCGGAUAUAGGGUAUGAUUUCGGAGAGCAUAGGCUACAAAUAAUCGAAUGGGAACAUCUCGACCUUUGCAAAUUUUAUCCAUUAGCUCUAGCUUCAUCAUGGUCGAUUCGAUGUUUGCUUUAUCCCAUGUCAGUUAUCAAAGCUAGGCUUCAACUUCAGAGACAAAAUACUGUAUAUCGCGGUACUUUUCAUGCUUUUAAGCAUAUUUUGAGAAACGAAGGUUUUACCGCUUUGUAUAGGGGAUUCUGGAUGACAUUGCCUCAGCUUAGUGCUUCUUUUUUAUAUUCAAGUAUAUACGAAAGAAUUCGAGAUUUAUUUCAAAUUAAUACGGGAAUUUCUUCGCCUCCUAUCGUUUCAGCUUUUGCGGGUGCCGCUGCAUCAACUUCAGCACAACUGAUUUUCGUACCCACUGAUAUAAUCGCUCAGCAUAUGAUGGUUCAUAAUAAUCCAGAAAAUUUCGUUGGUAAUAUUCGUAAUGCUGCAGUACUUAAUUAUUUGAAAACGGGCUGUUCAGAAGAAAGAUUAACACUUGGUUUAAGAGUCGCUAAGGCGAUUUAUAAUGUGGAUGGAAUCAAAGGAUUUUAUAGAGGUUUCUUGUCAUCAUUGAUGUUGUAUAUUCCUUCAUCAGUUGUAUUCUGGAUGGCAUAUUAUAAUUUUCUCGAUUUCUUUAAAAUAGUACGAAAAUGUGUUAUACAUCCGGCCAAGAAAAAAUUCUCAAAAAAUGAUAAACAUGUCACCGAUUACGAUGAAAGGAAAGAUUAUCGGAAUAUAUUUGUUGAUCAAGCAUUGGCUGGAUCGUUCAGCGGUAUUUGCGCUGCAAUUUUUACGAAUUUUCUUGAAGUUUUUCGAAUUCGCCUUCAGGUUCAAAGAACAUCAUAUAUGGAGACUUUUCGAAAACUUCGAAAGCAGGAAGGUUUAAAAGUAUUCACAAAAGGCCUUACACCGCGUAUUAUUAAUAAUGGCGUGUAUUCAUGUUUGGUUAUGCUUGGAUAUGAAACGGUCAAAAAGCUUUGUGUUUUGCCGGAAUUCAGAGACAAAAUUGUUUGGUAG